AUGGCAGAGAAACGAGCCCGCGACGGCGAUGCAGCCAGGGCCGUGAAGAAGCAGAAGAAGGGCUUCCAGAUUGGGCCUGCAAAUUUGCCCGAUAGCACCCACAGGCGCAAAGUGAAGAAGAUCAAGGAGGACAUCAUCUACAAAGCCAAGCUCAAGAAACAAUAUGCCAAGAUCAAGUCACGAGAGGCGCAGGCGGAAGAUGCACCGCGCAAAUCUGUCUACGAGCGUGAAGCUGAAGUCGCCGCCGACACCGACGAGCCUACCGCACCGGUGCCAGAACCCACGCUUGAGCCUCAUCCAGACCGGGUCAAGAUGCUUGAGGAGCCUGAGAAAGAGCCUGUGGUAUCCUCUUUCGAUCGGCGACAGAGGCGACCGCGGUCGCAGCCUUUCCAGAAAGAGGCUGAGGUUGCACGCAAGAAGAAGGACGAAGCAGAAGCACGGCAGAAGGCGAGGGAAGAUGCAGACAGGGAGCGCACCAAGAAGAUCGCAGAGCGUGAGCGUUUCAGAAAGGCAAUGGCCAAGGCCCGAGGAGGUCCUAACGGACAGAGGAAGCUAGGACGAGAGAGCCAGGUCCUACUGGAAAAGGCGCAGCGGCUGAUGGGCAAAUCUUGA